UUUCUCGGGGCGUGAGGUGGAGCGUUCACGAAGCGGUACAGAAAACCUUUCACUUUCACAUUUAAACGGUUACGUUGUCUUCAUGUGUUCCUUUCACUCCGGGCUAGGACUCUAAACAUGCUAAAUCGCAGCACAGCAAGUAUUCCAUAAAGUUCAGGUGUUGUAAAAUUACUUCCGGGUUUGUUGUAAUACAGUUGUGCCAAGGUUGAACCGAGGCCGAGGGGGGAGAAAAAUGUCGGCUCGCGCUCGGUCUGUGUAUGUCCGUGGCCUGCCCGAGCUGAGCGGACUACAGGACAAAGUGUCCGGCUACUUCCAGAGCGGGAGUCUGUCAGCAGGCGGGGCUGUCACGAGGGUGAAGUUACUGGGACCUGGGCAAGCUUUGGUCACGUUUGGAGACGAAACAGUUGCCCAGAAUGUGCUGACCCAGCCACAACACACCCUCCAGGGGACCAGGAUUAAGGUGACGGCAUGUCCUCCUCACCUGGAUGUUCCUGAAGAAUCUGCGGAAGAUACCAAAGAGACAGAAAAGGCAGCAGCAGACAAGACAGAAGAGGUGAAAGAAGAUACAGUGUUGUCAGAAGAGGAGAAAAAAGUUGAACAGGAAGAAGUUGAAGCUGUGGAAACAAAGUCACAGGGAAGUGUCAAAGACUUGCUGAAGAGGUUCCAGUCACCUAAACCAAUGCCACCAAAGGUCAAAGCUACAGCAUUACAGCCAGAGGUUGUCAAGGAACCACCAUCAAUAGCAAAGCUCCCAAGAGACCACAGUUCAGACUCUGAUUACGCAACGCCUCCAGAGUCUCCAACCCCCAAGCGUCUGCCUGUCAAUGUCUGCCACGAGAGAAAAAUUGAUGAAACCAAACCUGUAAUAGUCAACAGCCUCUUGGUGCAAAAGCAAGCAAAUGAAGUCUCAUCUGAUUCAGAUGCAGCAUCACAGCAUGUCCCACAACUGAUGGCUGAAUCUUGUCUGUUUGAGACUCUUACAGAGACAGGUCAUCCUGAAGAUGAUUCUCCAAGAAUGAUGGGUCCAUCAACUCCGCCUGAGAUCUUUCUGAAAAAACCCAAGCCACUUGUGCUCCCAAAACCUUACCCAAAACCAACCACCAGCUCAACAGCACCCAAGGAGACAACAGCAACUUCCCUUCAACAUGCAAACACAGAGGGUGAAUCAAUUGGAAAUAAGCAACAAGAACACCAUCCAAAACCAACCCCCAUACCUGCAGUUACCACAGAGGCAACUGUUACCGCAGCUUCCUCUCAACAUCCAGACAUGUACACAGCAUCGAUAGAUCAGCCGCAACAGCCUUUUUUGAAGCCGGCAACUUCGUCUUCAGCAUCCACUGAAACAUCAUCAGAUUCCCAUCAACAUCCAAACCUGCCUAGUGGAUCAACAGGAGAACAGCCACGUGCAAGUCCAGCUACCACAUCCUCGGAGCCUGGUGGAGCAAUGUCGGCUUCCCUUCAAGCUCAACAACCAAACCUGUCAAUUGCAUCUAGAGAGGACCAUCCACUAGAGUCAAACCCAAUCCCAACUACCACAUCCUCAGUGCCUUGUGGACCAACACCAGCUUCCCCUCAACAACCAAAUCUGACCAACACAUCAAGAGGAGACCUUCUACAACAACCACAUCUAAAUCCAAGCAUCACACCUUCAGUGCCUAGUGGAACAACAUUAGCUUCCGCUCAACAACCAAAUGUGCCCAAUGCUCCAAGAGUAGACAUUCCACAACAGCCACAUCCAAACAUGACCACUGCAUCUUCAGAACCAAGGACAGCACUGCCUUCCCCUCAACACCCAAACCUGCCUAAUACCAGGGACCAACCACAACAGCUUCAUCCAAUACCACAGUCUACGUCCUCAGUUACCACUGAGGCAACCAGAAUUUCAUCUCAACCUUCAAGCAUACCAAAUAUGCCAAUGGAAGAUCAGAUGCAACAGCCUCAUCCAAGCCCAACCACCAUAUCUUCUGUUCCCACAGGGACAACAUCGCCUUUCCCUCAACAACCAAAUCUGCUCGAUGCACCAAGGGAAGACCUUCCACAACAGCCUCACCCAGUCACCACAUCUUCAGCACCUGGGACAGCAUCACCUUCCCCUCUAUACCCAAACCUGCCCAGUACAUCCAUGGGAGGGUAUCCACAACCACAACAUGGACCAUUUUAUCAUUGGCCUCCUCCUCCACAUAUGGGAAUGAUGUACCCUAGACCACCACUCUACCCACCCCAACUACCAGGCUCACAGGCACAUUUUAUGACUCCUGGAGUAAGAAUGCCCUAUGGAGACCCUAGGCAUGGCUUUCCUUGGGCUGGAAUAGGCAGCAUUCCUCCAUCUGGUGUCCAAUUUCAAGAUCAAGGUCAUCCACCAUCAGGCCCCCAGUCUGCGUUUUUUCCGCAAGCAUCACAUCACACUACUGGUGGACCUCAGCAAGCACACUACAUGUUUCCUGGACAACCAGCAAGCAGCAUUCCUCUUACCGCAGCAAGAUCGUCACCAUCGUCGGAAGUUCUGCACCCCUAUCAUCAUCAGCCUACAUCAUCACAAUCACCUAGCUGGGGGUCACCAAGAACUGGUUCUCCAGUAAGCCUUCCCUUGCCACAGCAAGACAGGAACAGAGGCUGUGACUACCUCCCUGACCAGGCAUCUUCUGUACAUUCCAGACAAACUCCAACAGACCUGAUGAGUGUUUGGAGUGAUGGAGAGUCAACAUUUGUAGAUGCUUCGGAUUCCGUCAGCAAUGUCGGAAGUAUGGCUUCCGAUGCUGACAGUUUUGUCACGUCACAGGGAAGGAACGAAGCGACAAGGCCAUUGGGUGCUGCAGCGAAAAGUGACCACCAUCCCUCUUACAAGGAGAGAAACAGAAAGGACGCAAAGCUGAAACGUAAAGCUCCAUAUACCAUGUCAAGGGGAGCGAGCAAAACAGACGUACAAGCCAAGAAACCAUUCGUUGGGCUGAGUCGCAGUAUCGUAGUCUCUGGGUUUACAUCCGCUCCUGAUGUAGACUUGUUGGGUCUGUACUUUGAAUCUGAGAGGAGGUCAGGUGGAGGGGAGGUUGAGGAGGUCAAGGUCAGAGGUACUGAUGAGGUCAUCAUCACAUUCAAAGAUCCAUCAGUGACACAGCGUGUUCUGGCCCGUGAACAUGUCCUUAACGGGCAGACACUUAACGUGAAGGAAUUGACGUCAUCUCCUGCGGAAGCCAUCCUCGACACAGACAUUUCUCCUCCAUCAAACAUCACCAUCCAAGUCUCAGGCUUUACUUCCAGCCCAAAUAAGGAAAUGAUGAUGCUGUACUUUGAGAACAAGAAAAGGUCGGGAGGAGGAGAAAUCGAGGACAUCCAAGUCAGAGACAACAAAGUCUUUAUUGUCUUCAAGGAUCCCACAGUUGGCCGACAUGUUCUGAGUCGUGAACAUCGUCUUGAUGAAACUGUUCUCAAACUGAAGGAGGUCCAGCCCAGAUCACUGGAUAACACUCGUCUUCUUGUCAAGGGAUUCAAGGAAAGCACAACCAAAGAGACCCUCAGCCUUUACCUGGAAAACAUUGGCGAUGACGAAGUGAUCACAAUAGACUACAGCACACAGCCUGGAGUUGCCCUGGUCACAUUCAACAAGAUUUCCAACUUUGACAAGAUGGUAACCAAGGCACAGUCCAGACUACUGGAGGGACAACAACUCACCAUGGAGAGGGUCCCCGUCACUGAUGCCAUCAUAGUGACAGGUCUGCCAGACAACGUGUCCAGAGACCUGCUGGAGUUGUACUUUGAAAGGGAGAUAGGGAGCAGCGGAGGUUCUGUCACUGAGAUCAAGAUGGACUCUUCCACUGGAACUGCGGUUGUCCAGUUUGAUGAUGCAAAUACUGUAAACAGUGUCCAUCAGAAGUCCUCACACAUUCUAAACAACACACCGAUAAGUGUCCAACCCUACUAUGAAUGCCUUGGUGAAGUGGUGGACGACAACGCACCUGAAGCAUUCCAAAUGCCUCAACCCAUUAAUGUGAAGAUUGAGCCUCAGUUGAUUCUGUUUGUCAUUGCCAUGCCAAAGUUCAUUGAGCAGCUUACAAGCAAGUUGGCAGAAGUUCAUGCAGAAGUCGAUAUGUCGGUUACGGACAUAGUGACAGUCUCACCAACACUGACGCCAGAGAUGAAAGGAGUCCGGAAGCUGGCAAAGCAAUGGGAAGACGAGAGUCGACGUUGUGUGGAACAGUUUUUCUCGCAGUUUCAAGCAACGGAAAUCACCAUGGCAACUCAAAUUUGGGAACGUGCCAAAGACAGAUUGGAAGAGGUGUCUGAAAAGGUGAGUACAUCAAACAGGAAUGAUGUUUGGAUUGAAGGUUCUGAUGAUAAAGAUGGCGAAGGAGCGGUUACUCUGAUUGGGACCAAAGAAACUGUCAAGGAGGCAGAGCUCAUCUGCAAGACCAUCAUCAAAGAGACAGAGGCGCUACUGAAGUGGGAAGCCUCCAUCGUGACUGAUCACAUCGACAACAUGAAAGCAGCCAAGCUUAAGAUUCUUCAGCUCAACAACUUUACAGGAAAGCAUCCAGAUGUGGAGAUCAGGUUGAACGUAGACAACCAGAGUGUGGAGUUCAAGGGUCAGCAGGCAUUGGUACAGAAGGCCAAGAUUGACCUCUACGAAACAACCAAUAAAAUUGCUGAGGAAAGAGUCGCUCUUUCACGUGGAAAACUCUCAUACUUGAAGUCAGACAAAGGAAUGAAGCAUCUAGAGGACAGUUUGAAGAAGAGUGAUAUAAAGGCUGCCUUCGCUAUUGAAAAUGAAGAAAUUACUAUUCUAGCUCAGUUUUCUGUUGAAGUAAAAGCGGCAAAGGACUUGCUGCCACAAGUUGUUUCAGAAUCACCCAUUGCCAUUGCAGAGGAAAGUCGUGACUUGCUGACCAAGCAACGUUUUGUAACAUACUCAACAAACCUCCGACAGAAGCUGUCAGUAGACAUCCAUGUUGCAAAAGAUAAAGUGUGGGUGGUUGGAGCUGUGGAGAAGGUUGUUGCCGCAUCAAAGGACAUCAAAGCUUACAUCGCCACAAACACUAUUGUUACCAUCAAUAUGGAUGUUACAGAAGGAGAGGCAAAGUACCUGGACUGUUACCGCAGUUCGGCUGUCAAAGACGUGGAGAAAAACCACGCAGAACAACUGGUGAAGGUCAUGAUAGGCCAGGGGAAACUGACUGUGAAGGGGACCAAGGAUGGAACACAGAGCGCUAAGAAGCAACUGCAGGUGCUUAUUGACGAUGUUACAACAGGCACCAUGAACAUCACAAAGCCAGGAAUGCACAAGUUCUUCACGAAGGGAUCAGGGAGCGGCUUGCUGAAGGGGAUAGAGAGGGAGGUGAAAUGUGUGAUCCAGGUGGGCGGUAAACCACCUGGUGUACCUGUCCGAGACAUGGGCGGAGCCAGACCAGCUGCAGCACCUGCAGCACCUGCAGCACCUGGAGGUCUAAAACAGGGCUGUCGCCAUAUUUCACUGAUUUUUCUAUUCCAGAUCUGUUACCACACGACGGAAAGGCGGAAGCUGGUAGUGGUACAGGGUAACCUGACCAGUCACAGGGUGGAUGUGAUGGUCAACACUGCCAAUGGUUCCCUGUCUCAUGGGGGAGGGCUGGCAGCUGCAAUUGUUAAAGCAGGUGGCCAGGAGAUCCAGCGAGACUGUACCAACUAUGUCAAGGACAAUGGGAAACUAACUGAAGGGCAGGUGAUGUCAACAAAGGGGUACAAGCUUCCCUGCAAGAUGGUGGUACAUGCCGUGGGCCCACUGUGGAUUGCAGAUCAAAAGGACUCCAAAGAAAAAGCCCUGAAGAUGGCUGUGGAAAAUGCCUUACUGGAGGCCAGAGACUACCACAGUAUUGCCAUACCUGCCAUCAGUUCAGGUAUUUCUGGCUACCCAAUCAAACCCUGUGUGGCUGCUAUUGUGGCUGCUGUGACAGCUUUCUUCAACACCAACCCUGACUGUGCUCUGUCAGAAGUUCACUUUGCAGAAAUGGAUCCCCAAAAGACAGACGCCUUCAGAGAUGAGCUCUUGAACCGAUUUGGAGGAGACAAAGUAACGAUGACAGGCUCCUCAGACACCACCCCUUCAAGACCGGUCCCUACACCCAGGCCCAGGGCAGCUGGUUCAGAUGCUGCCACCAGCCCCAGCAACACUUUAAUCACUCCAGAGGGAAUCAUCAUCCAGCUGAAGAAAGGGAACAUCACUGCAGAGAAGGCUGAUGUCCUUGUGAACACAACGAGUGGUGACCUUGACCUUAGCCAGGGUGGUGUUGCUAAAGCCUUCGGUCAGGCUGGAGGACAAGAACUACAACAGCUUUGUAACAACCAUGGUAAGGCCAAUGCAGGAGAUAUAGUGAUAACCCUACGUGCUGGAACCCUCAGGUGUAAACAGGUGUACCAUGCUGUCCUGCCCAACUGGCAAGAGUCUGAUCAGCCCCUGAGAACAAUGGUGCAGGACUGCCUGGAGUCUGCUGAUCAAGGUGGUUACACCUCCAUAUCAUUCCCUGCCAUGGGUACAGGGAACCUGAAGUACCCUCGUGACGUGGCCGCCAGCUGCAUGUAUGAUGAAAUACUGUCCUUCAGUCAAUCAAACCCUGGAACAACACUGCAGGAUGUGGGAAUCAUUGUGUUUGACCAGCCAACAGUCCAGGCUUUUGAAACAGAGCUGAGGGUCAGACAGGGGGUCCCAGGAGCUUCUGGAACAGCCUCAGGGUCAGGUCCAUACUCGGCAGUGACCACCCCCAUGCCUGGUCAGCAGCAGAUGACUAUUGGAAAUGUGACCCUCCAGAUUCAGGGAGGUGACCUCACUGCUGAAAAUGUGGACUGUAUCGUCAACGUUACCAGCAAGGAUUUGGAUUUAAGUGGCCCCAUGGCUAAGGCCAUAUGCCAGAAGGCAGGACCCAGUGUAGCAGCACAGUGUCAACAGUACAUCACAAGGAACGGGCAGCAGGACCAUGGGGCUGUGGUCUUAACAGGUGCUGGUAACCUGCCAUACAGAGGCAUUCUCCAUCUGGCACACCCCAAUACUAAGGUCCUGAAGAAAAGCAUCAAGACCUGUCUGGAGACGGCUGACAAGAGAGGCUUCAGAUCAAUCUGUUUCCCUGCUGUUGGGACAGGUGGCUUUAAGAUCAGCCCUGACCAGGCAGCCAGUCUGAUGCUGGACGGGGUUACAGACUUUGCCCAGAAGGGAUCUCCCCAGUCCCUCACCACCGUUAGGAUCACGGUGUUCCAGCAGCAGAUGCUGCACAACUUCCACUCAGAGAUGGACCGGAGGGCUCGAGGAUUGGGACACAAGUCCAGGGGGUUUGGUGCAAAAGUCAAAAGCAGAUUCAAAAAGGUUGCCCAUUCCCUUGGGAAGAAGAGCCGGGUGGCAAAGAUCCUUGGAUUCUCGUCGUCUGAUGGAAAGCGUAGUGCUGGUGACACAACAACGACCCCCACGUCUCUCCUCCUACACUUCUAUGGCACAGACAGAGCAGUUGGCGUGGCCAAAAGGAGAGUCCAAGAAACCGUGGACGAAAACUUUAAGGAGGAAAAGAUUGAUGAUGCUGCAGUACUGCAGCUGUCCUCUGAUGAGGUGGAGAUGCUGAAGGCUUAUGGACAGCAAAACAAUGUGUCCAUCAGAGUUGAUCAAGGUAGCCGUCACUGCAUCACUAUUCAAGGCAUUUCUGAUGUGGCCUCAGUCAUGUCAAAAGUCUGGGAAGUCCUGCACGCUAAGAUAGAGGAGAGCAGGAAACUGGAGCAGGCUUUGUCUCUGCAGAAGGACAUCUCAUGGUGCUAUGAACAGCCAGAUGGAACGAACGUCCCCUUUGACCCCCUCAUCAACUUACAAAUUGAGGAAGCGUACAAGAAGAACAAGAAAGGGAAGGUUCAGUAUGAGGAUGAUGUGGGUCAGUGUGAGAUUGACUUCAGCACCAUGAAGGAGAGGGCAUCAGGACAGGUGUCCAAUGUCCGCAGGGAUGAUCUAAAAGCUAGAGCAGUGACCAGUGCAGUUCCAUCUCACUGGGAUCCCCAACCAAAUGACCGCAAGUCCGGGAAGCCAAUACUAUGCCACCUGGUAAAGUUAAAGUCAUCUUCUGGUGAGUACAAGACUGUGAGCGGCAAGUUUGGACUGGGGAACAUCGUGAGUAUCGAGAGGGUGCAGAACCCAACACUGUGGAGCCAGUACUGUGCACAGAAGCAGAAAAUCAGCCUCAAGAACCCUGGAAAAAAUAUAGAGCAGGAUCUGUGGCACGGGUCUUCAGCUGAUUCCUGUGUCAAGAUUUACCACAAUGGUUUCAACAGGAGCUAUGCUGGAGUCCAUGGUGUGGCUAUUGGCAAAGGGACCUACUUUGCUGUGAAUGCCUCCUACUCUGCACAGGGUUCUUAUUCCAGUCCUGAUGGCAGUGGACACAAAAGAAUGUUCCUGGCCAAGGUGCUGACUGGACUAUCCACACCCGGUAACUCCAGCAUGAUCGUUCCCCCUCCAAGGCCAGGGGGAGGCCCGCUGGACACGUAUGACUCCACCAGUGGUGGUGGCAUUUUCUGUGUGUUUCAUGAUGCUCAGGCAUAUCCUGAAUAUCUAAUCACGUUUACUUGAGUUACCAACUUGAAGAUAAAACUGAAUUUAGUACUUAGAAUGGCUUUAAUUGUAUCAUGUUAGAGAAGAUCCCAGAAGAUUAAGCCAAAGAAAAUGUGUCUUAAAUCCCUGAUAUGAUAACAUAUUAGCAUCAUAUCCAAAAAAAUUAAGUCAAAGAUAUUCUUCUUAAAUUCCUGACAUGGUAAAAUAAGGACAAUAUGCUGUGAUAAUGAACUGUGCAAAGGUUCUGUAUAUGUUAAAAGGUGUAAAAAAAAAUUAAUAUUUCUCUGGCAGUGAUAUUUUAGAUUUACAGAAUAUCGAAUGGAAUUUUUACAAGGAUAUUUUAUCAUGGUUGUGAAAUUAUGAGAUAAUAUGAAUGAUAAUCAGUAAGACAAUCUUUGAUGUUUGUAAAUUUGCAGAAUAAGAUUUUAUCAUAAAUUGUAUAUUUGCCUUAGAAUUUGUGUAAAUGUUAAGUGAAGGAAUUGAUAAAAAGACAUAAAAUGUCACAACAAUUUUAACCCGAAUAACGGCUUGAAAACAAGCAAAUUUUACCUACUGCUUGUUAAGUACAUUAUUGGAUAUUUGAUAGUUGAAUAACGCAUGCACCAGCUAAGCUAUGCCAAUUUUAAGGACAUGCUUCACUAAACCUGUCCCAAAAACAAUCUUAACUGGCAGGACAUUCAUACACGCAACAGUCAGUACCUGGACAGUGUGGACUGGGACUUCACUAAAAGCCUCUUCUAGGCUUUCAAUAGUCGCAAGCACCUUCUGUGCAAUAUGCAAGUUAGAACACUUGCCAGCUGUAAAACAGCCAUUUAAUUUGAAUACGGUGUAGAUCUUUGUAGCCUAUUUUAGAUAAUGUCUUAAGUUGCGACUAUUGUUCACCACAGCAUGUUAUUGGAAAAUUACCAGAGAUACAGAAUGCAGAGUUAUAUAUUAACCAGUCUUAUAAUGCAGUUUUCUUGACAUCUCAUCAAACACUAAUAAAUCAACAUCGUAAAGCA